AUGUCCAGAUACUGCUCCUAUCUCGCUCUGCACCUGCUCCUUGUGAGCUUUUUGGUCAGCGAUCCGGGGUUAAAUACGGGUGCUGUGCAAGGUCUGACCUGCUCACGCUGGAGCUCCUCAAGGUUGCAGGGUCUGUACCAGGACGGAGACAUCAUCAUCGGAGGUCUUUUCUCUCUGCAUUACAAGCCUCCGGACCGAGAUACUGACUUCACCCAGCUGCCCAAACACCGGCUGUGCACUGGGUUAGAGAGGUUUUCCCUCGAGCAAAUAUACGUACUGAUGCUGGCGAUUGAGGAAAUUAAUGGCAGCCCGACUCUCCUGCCCGGCGUGAAGCUGGGCUACCACAUAUUCGACAGCUGCGGCCGGAACCCCUGGUCGCUCCAGGCCACUCUGGCCCUGGUCAGCGGGAACACUGAGACCUGCUUUUCAGAUAUCCGCCCGGCCUCACUGAUCAUCGGAGGGGCUUCAUCUGGAACAACCAUGGUUCUGGCGAUGAUCCUCUCACCCCUUCAUGUUCCUCUGAUCAGCCACAUAUCCAGCUGCCCUUGCUUGAGUGACAGACGCAAGUUUCCCACCUUCUUCCGGACCAUCCCCAGUGACAUUUAUCAGGCUCGGAUAUUCGCUCAACUGGUCAUCCAUUUCAACUGGACCUGGAUCGGAGUAGUGAUGGCCGACAACGACUACGGCCAUUUAGCGUUGAAGGUCUUCAGGGAAGAGACUCACAAAGCCGGAGUGUGCCUGGCGUUUGUGGAGUUGGUGCGAAGGCCUUCCAUUGCGGCUGACUCCACAAGAUCGGCGCUCACCAUCCAGGCGUCCACUGCCAAAGUGAUUCUGGUGUUUCUCUGGUACACAGAUGCCUUGCAAGUGUUCAAGAAACUUGCCAAGCUGAAUGUGACCGACCGUCUGUUCCUGGCGAGCGAGGCCUUAAGCACCAGCGUCGAUUUGCUCCAAAAUCCCGCCACUGCUCAAGUGGCUCGAGGCGCUCUGGGCGUGGCCAUUCGUAGCUCCAUCAUCCCUGGAUUCGCAGACUUUCUGAAAAAUCUAAACCCCCUGAAUCGACCCGAUGACGUCUACCUGAGAGAAUUCUGGGAGCUUGAGUUCGAGUGUUCACCACAGCCUCUCAACCUGUCCACUUCUCUCCCACCCUGCGACGGGACAGAGUCCCUGGAAGAUUUAGGGAAACACUUCUCGGACAUCUCCCAGCUCAGGGUGACCUACAACGUCUAUCUGGCGGUUUAUGCUGCGGCCCAUGCUCUUCACAAGCUCCUCUCCUGCCCCGACAUUGAAGACCAGUCCAAAAACAAGACGUGUGAUUCCCCUGCAAACAUCAACCACGUUGAGGUUCUUCAGCAUUUGAGUGAGGUGAACUUCACCACCCCGCAAGGUGAAAUUCUUCAUUUCGACGGAGCGGAUAUCCCAGCGAAGUAUGACAUCAUCAACUGGCAGGACGCUGCCGAGGGGCGUCUUAAACUGGUCAUAGCCGGUCGUGUGGAUGGAGUCAAUCUAAACCUUGACAAGUCAGCGAUUCAGUGGCCAUCCAAGCAGAUUCCCACUUCAGUGUGCAGUGAGAUCUGCCCGCCUGGCACCAGGAAGGCCGACAGGAAGGGAGAGCCGCUCUGCUGCUUCGACUGCAUCCCCUGUGCUGAUGGCGAGAUUAGCGCGAUUUCUGGUUCUCUUGAGUGUGAACGUUGCCCGCCUGAAUUCUGGUCCAGUGUCGACCGAACUGGCUGCGUUCCCCGCCAGCUGGACUUCCUCUCCUUCAAUGAGACCCUGGGCAUCACUCUCACAACGGUGGCUGCGUCUGGGGUUAUCGUGACAUCAGGAGUCUUCGUGGUCUUUCUGUGGUACCGUCACACACCUUUGGUUCGGGCGAACAACUCCGAGUUGAGCUUCCUGCUUCUCCUCUCUCUGAAACUCUGCUUCCUGUGCUCUCUGGUCUUCAUUGGUCGACCGUCAGUUUGGGCCUGUCGCUUCCAACAAGCGGCGUUCGGGAUCAGCUUCGUCCUCUGCGUCUCCUGCCUCCAAGUGAAGACCGUCGUGGUUCUCGCGGCGUUCCGUUCGGCCCGCCCCGGCGCUGAGGCCUUGAUCAGGUGGUUCGGCCCGAACCAACAGCGAGGGAGCGUGUGCCUUCUCACUGGAGUGCAGGUCGUCAUCUGCAUCGUGUGGCUGUCCCUGACUCCUCCAGAGCCUCGGUCUGACUUGAAAUCCGCGGGGCUGAAGGUCACCUUGGAGUGCGCCAUGUCCUCGGUGGUGGGCUUCUCUCUGGUUCUGGGCUACAUCGGCCUGCUGGCGUGCAGCUGCCUGGUCCUGGCCUUCCUGGCCAGGAAGUUACCGGACAACUUCAACGAGGCCAAACUCAUCACCUUCAGCAUGCUGAUCUUCUGCGCCGUCUGGGUGGCCUUCGUCCCGGCGUACGUCAGCUCCCCCGGGAAAUACUCCAAUGCCGUGGAGAUCUUCGCCAUCCUGGCUUCCAGCUAUGGUUUGCUGCUCUGCAUCUUCGCUCCAAAGUGCUUCAUCAUCCUGCUGAGACCUGAGAGAAACACCAAGAAACACCUGAUGCACAAAUAA